AUGGUUUCAGCCCGAGAGUUCUACACAUAUCGACUGCAGAUCAGAAAAAAUACCAACUCAAUAUUGUUAGAAUCUGGACGACUUCUGCAGCAGUUCACAGUUGAUAUGUACGUAAAAAUUGAGACUUUAAGAUUAGACUACUUCAGAAAUAGACAAGAAGAGAUCCGAGCUGAUUUAUACCAAGGAAUUGUUGAUAGUAUCGAGCAUGGUGAAUCUGAUCCUUCUAAGAUUGGCAAACGCAUUGUUCUUCCAGGUAGUUUCAUAGGAGGACCAAGGGAUAUGCGCAAGCGCUUUUUGGAUGCAAUGACUUUGGUGGAGAGGUAUGGAAAACCUGAUCUUUUCUUGACAAUGACAUGCAAUCCAAAUUGGCAAGAAAUAAAAGAUCAGAUGAAACCUCAUGAAGAGGCUCAAAACAGACCUGAUUUGUUGUCUAGAGUAUUUAGGAGUAAGCUUGAACACUUGCAAAAAGAAGUAGUACAAAAUCAGCUCUUUGGUCCAGUGGCUGCAUACACAUUCGUGGUCGAAUUCCAAAAAAGAGGUCUACCACAUGUGCAUAUGUUGAUCAUACUGAAAAGCCUGUUCAAGCUUGACACAGUUGAGAAAAUUGAUGCAGUCAUUUCAGCUGAAUUACCAGAUAAAAAGAAGUACCCAUAUUUGUAUGCAAUUGUUCUAAAACAUAUGAUGCAUGGACCAUGUGGGGAAUUAGACAUGAGAAGAGCAUGCAUGCAAAAUGGAAAGUGUAAAAAUCACUAUCCAAGAAGCUACUGCACAGAAACUUCUAUUGAUAGUGAUGGUUAUCCAAUGUAUAAAAGACGUUCAACUGGAGAAGAAGUACACAUUCGCGGUCAGAUGCUCGACAACAGAUGGGUUGUGCCAUAUAAUCCUUAUUUGUUAGCUAUGUUUGAUUGCCAUAUUAAUGUUGAAGUAUGCUCCACUAUCAAGGCAGUCAAAUAUCUCUACAAAUAUAUAUACAAGGGACAUGACAAAAUUAUCUAUCGCUUGGUCACAUCAAAAUUUCCUGAAGACAUAGAUGAGAUCCAGCAAUUCCAAGCAGCAAGAUGGAUAUCUCCCCCAGAAGCAAUAUGGCGAAUAUAUCGAUUUGCUCUACAUGAGAUUCAGCCCGCUGUUAUCAAUUUGCAGCUACACUUAGAAGGCUGCCAACUGAUUCCAUUAAAGAAAGAUACAAAUUUGCAGAAUAUAAUUGAUAAUGAUUUCUUAUCAAGAACAAUGCUCACACAAUUCUUCUGGAUGAAUGCUCAUAAUGACAAGGCAAAGUCAUUACAACUGCUAUAUAGAGACUUCCCAUAG